UACUCUAACGCUGUAAUAAUCUUUUAUUUCAUGUGUUAUGUUUUAGGGAGAGAGGAACUCAGGCGAAAAGAUCCGACCGAAUUUUAUAGUGUAGUUUUCUUACUCACUAGAUAUACAUUACAUAGCAAAAUUCAGACAAGAGUGAUCUAUCAUGCACUGGUGAGUUAUAUGGAAAUGUUGCUAGAAAUGCAUUCCGUCGAGGAUAUCAAACUGUUCAAGGAAAUGAUCGUUAAACUUGGCAAUCGUUUGCAAACUGGUUACAAAGAGCCUGUUAAGGAGUUAAUAUUGACGUGUAGGACAAUAUUGAUCAAGGAAGACGUCCCGGAGGCCUCUCGUUUAAUGUUAUUGUACGUGAUAGACUUGGAGCGUAGAGGUUUCUCUCACCUGCCCAAUUAUUUGAAAGCAUUUUACAAGUCGCAGCUGGGAGAAGAAUAUGAAGAACCAUUACUAAAUUGAUCUUCGGUCUUUCUAAAAAUUUAAGUACUGUUUAAAACGUGCGUGUCUGUACAUUUUGGUAUACCAUAUGUAUAUAUUAUAUGCGAUAUUUAGUGUUUAAAGUAAUAUAAAGAAUAGGUAAUAAAUGUGACAUGAACGUUGAUGCAUCGUUAAGACUCAAACAGAAUUUUGGUAAUUCAUUUUUGUAAUUUGGCUAAUAAGAUUCUACAACCAAA